AUGUUUUCAUUUUUGAAUUCUAUUGCUUCAGCUUCUGCUAGCGUAUUAAACUACGAUGACUUAUCUUAUGAAGAAUUGAAAGAGAUGACCGUCUUUCAACGUAUCAAGGUUCAUGAUUGGAAGUUAGAGUACAUGACAAUUGGCUUCACCCUUGCCUUUAUUGUGUUAUUCAAGGUCGGUGACUACUGGAAUGAGCGUAAAGUGACCACAUUCCUCAAUUCUCAAAAGGAGUUGUUCCUUAAGAAUUUUGCUCAAUUCGGUGUCUCCCCAGAUGCCACUUAUAUUAAGGAUCUGUCUGAAGCAUACUCAUCAUAUGCUUCUGGUAGAGAAAACAUUGCCAAGGUUGAUAUCACUUUCAAGUUGAAGCCAAGACAUAACACUUUCGUCUGGCUCUUAGAAACCGGCCUUUCAUUCUUCACUGAGUCAGUCAACUCUCCUCAAGAUAGAGUUGACAUUGUUAUUACCCCAUCGAUUGCCUAUGAUAACUUCAUCACUGCCAUCGUUUCUAAGAUCGGUAUGAAUGAUUACAGAAAGUUUAACUACUUCCUUUCCUUGACCAAGACUUCUGAUUCAGAUAAAAUACCAGAAUCGUUCGUAUUCAUGAGUGAAGCUGCAGAAUUCCAAGAAAAGACUCUUACUGAACCGUUACGUGAAGCAUUGAAGUUAGAAUCCGCUUCAUUCUUGAGAUAUAUUGCCUUCACCGAUCAAGCAGUUGAAAAGCCAGCUACUCUUGCUGGGUUCCAACCUCAGCGUAGAAUCAUUGUUUCUUCUCAUUUAGUUGGUGGUAAGCAGCAAUUACAGCAAAUCACCGAUAUCUUGGCUGCUUUAUUUGCUUUAGUUGAUGACUUGGCCUCUAAGAAAAUUGAAUUCAAGGUUGAAGCAUUAAGAAAGAUUGUCAAGACAAGAGAAAUUGAAAUUGCCAAAUUUAGAAAGAUUGAAGAUGAAGUCAAGGCUGAAAUUAAGGCUGAAGAAGACGCCAAGUUGAAAAAGGAAGAAAGAGACAGAGUAAGAAAGUUGUCUCCAGCAGAACAAGAAAAAAUCGAAAAGAAAGCAUUGGAAAAGCAAAGGAAGAAGGCAAUGAAGAAGCAAAAGGUUAGAAUGUAA